GUUGUUCUUAGAAACCUCGACCCCGGACCCACCCGAGCGUCUCUAAUCCUCUUCUCUCUCUCCCAGGGUUUUUCUCUCUGCGGCAAGAGCCCCCAAGUUUCCCCUCCCUCUGCUCCGAAUUCCGCCGCCCCGAUCUCCGGAGAUGGAGAAUUCCGGCUUCCUUUCGUGCGAGAAGCUCGACCGCUUGGCGAAUUGGCUGGGGGCGAGCGUCUCCUCUGCCUUCUUCGCCUCCCUGGAGCGCUGCUCGUGCAUCAAUCUCAGCACCACCGACAACGAGGACGAGGCCAAGCCGGAGGAGGCCAAGGACCGCCCUCUCAUGCUAACGAAGCCCAUCUCCCAUGACGCUCCUGAUGAGGCCCCCAAGCCCGUUCUCCAAAACCCUGAUGCCGACAAGCUCCCCCCGGUCUGAAACCGCCUCGCUCGCUGGUAUAAUCUUUCCAGGAUCGUAAUCGAUGUAAAUGAUGUUAAUGAUGCUCCUUUGCUAUGUCAGAUUUCGUUGUUUGGAGAGACUUCAAUGUGGUUUUAUAAGGAUAGAUCUAUGUUUAGAUGAACAUUUGUUUUCUUUCUUGUUCUGAAUAACCUUGUGGCUUCUUUAAAUUUCUUUGGGUGUGCAAAGUUGUUAUUUUGUUGAUGUUUUGGAUACUUUUCGGAUUGGUAGAGUAAUACAAGAACUUGUACAUAAUUAAUCAUACUUCCUUUUUCUUGUUCUAUUCAAAUAUAUCUGGUGUUGGCC